GGGUUUAUUGCAGAAGAGGCAAAUUUAAGCUCCAUUAAUCUCUACAACUACAAGUAGAAACUUCCAUGGGCACCUUCGUAGGCCACAUUAUACCUGGUUUGGCGCUCACCCUACUCGGUCUAUGGCACACCAUCAACACCAUCAGAACCUUUUUUCUCAAAAGCCCAGCUAACUUUAGAGUAAGGUUUUGGUACCCAUUUCAUGGCCCUCUUUCCAAGCUUAAGCACUUGGAGCUCAUUUUCAUCCUCUCUUUCUCUGUUUUUGCAAUUUUCAUGCAACUUCUAGACUACCCUUUCCUUCGUUUUGCUUUCAAGCUUGACAACUUUGAGCAUGCAACCAUGUUCCUCCAUCUUGCUAUUUUUGCUGGUUUUACCCUUUCUGCAGAGUUCACUCAUUCAUCAGAGAACCUCUCUGGGGUUGUUGGAAUCCUUGCAGCCUCCGUAUUUGGUCAAGAGCUUUUUCUACUUCAUUUCCACUCGGCUGACCAUGUUGGACUUGAAGGCCACUACCAUUGGCUAUUGCAGCUCAUAGUGUUUGUCUCUUUCGUGGCGGCUCUGGCAGUGACUUGUUUCCCUACCAGUUUUCCGUCGGCUCUUGUUCUUUCCAUUUCAGUCGCAUUACAAGGGUGCUGGUUUAUGCUUAUGGGGUUCAUGUUAUGGGCUCCUCAGUUUGUCCCGACAGGUUGCGUUUCAGAUUUGGGUCGUGCUGGCAUGAUCGGAGCGGUCACUUGUGAGUCUAAAGAGGCUGAGUUGAGAGCAAAAGCACUGGCUAAUUUGCAAUUCAGUUGGAUACUUUCUGGACUUUUGAUUUUCAGUGGAUGUAUUUGCUUGAAAUUAGUUGGAAAAUGCACCCCAGUGGAGCAGUCAACUGAGUAUGAGCAACUUCACAGCAGAGGUGUGGAUCUCCCUAUAUCGACUAAUGGCUUCAAGCAAGCUCAUCCAUAAGAAUUGUAGUAUGUUAAACCUGGCAAUCAUGUCCUUUCAAUGACUGAAAGAGCACAUGAAUCAUGCUCUAUGCAUCAAUAACAUAUAGAUUAAAUCAGGGGUAAAUAACAUUUUACCCACCACCUCUGGUAUAGGAUGAGUUCAAUAUGCCAACAUGUGUUUCUGAAAGUGACAAUUAUUAUACAAUCAACAAUCAACAAUAACUGUAUAAUAGCACUGUAGGAUAAAGCUAUGAAGGACAAAGUACUCAUAUUCGAAAUCACAGGUGGAUGUAUAUGUCAUAUUUUCUCAAAGUACGGGAUUCGUAGAUGCUUUUGCAAUGAACGAUGAUUUAACAUAGAAUUAUAA